ACGACGCGAGAGGUAAACAUGGCGGACAGCGACAGCGACAGUGAAGACGGCAGCAUGUAUCCGUUGCACGAAAAGGUAUUUGUAGGCGACGUUCGGCGAGUUUCCGCUCUCCUGCGAACACACGACGUUGCCAAGAAGGACGUUCACGGAAACACGCCGCUUCACUUGGCUGUCAUGCUGGGACAGAAGGAGUGUGUGCAACUUCUCUUGGCACACAAUGCUCCUGUAAAAGUGAAGAACAGUCAAGGGUGGAACUGCUUAGCAGAGGCUGUCAGCUAUGGGGAUCGUCAGACAAUACUCUCCCUGUUACGGAAACUCAAGCAGCAGUCGCGGGAAGCAAUGGACUUCCGGAGGCCGGAUCUCGUACGCAUUUUAGAACUCAUGGGGGAUUUUUACAUGGAGCUCAAGUGGGACUUCCAGAGUUGGAUACCGUUGGUCUCAAGGAUACUGCCAUCGGACAUCUGUAAAAUUCACAAGAAAGGAUCAAACAUUCGGUUAGACACGACGCUCGUCGACUUCAACGACAUGAAGUGGGAGCGGGGAGACAUCACCUUUCUUUUUACGGGCAACGACAAGCCGUCCAAGUCGCUAACCGUGCUGGACAACAAUCUGAAGGUCUACCAGAACGUCCGUUACGAGGACACGGAAACGGAGAUUGAGGACGAGGUGGACAUACUGAUGAGCAGCGACAUUGUGGCCGGCCAGAUCUCAACCAAGACGGUGACCUUCCAGAGGGCACAGUCGGGUUGGCUGAUGCGGGAGGACAAAACGGAGAUGGUUGGAAAGUUUCUAGCUGACUUCUACAGCAUCAGUGGCCUAACAUUCGAGUCUCGAAAAAGGAGAGAACACCUCACCGAGGAGGAUCUUCACAAAAACAGGGCAAUAAUCGAGAGCUUCACGAGAGGCAACACGAUGGUCCUAGAAAAUUCAGAGCCGCAACGGAGAAAGUCAUUACCUCCGCCUCCGCGAAGAGACGUCACGUUUGAACAGUACAUCUCGGCUACACCGGGAAACCCACCCAUUCUGGGCCGACAGCCAGUCUGCAAGACAACUACCAAAGUUUUCAAGGCCACCCUGGCCAUGAGUCAAAACUUUCCCCUCACUGUGAAUUCCCUCCUAAACGUGCUUGAAGUGAUAGCGCCGUUCAAACACUUCAACAAGCUUCGGGAAUUUGUACAGAUGAAGCUGCCUCCGGGCUUUCCUGUUAAAAUAGACAUACCCAUCCUACCCACGGUGACUGCCCGGAUUACGUUCCAGGACUUUGAGUUUCGGGACAACAUAGACGAUGCGCUCUUUGAGAUCCCCACGAACUACUCGGAGGACCGCAACCGGUUCCCGGACUUAUGAUGCCUGGAUGACUUGCUCUUGGUGACUCUCGAAGAACGGCACCGCGUCGUCAUGACGCGGCGGCCUCGCCUGACCCCUUCCUCCCGCAUUGUCCGCCAUCGCCACCGUCCCGUGUGUGUCGAAGUGGUCGCACUGGACAUUCCCGUCACGCUCGGUCACGGCAGCACUUUCUCCUCCACGUUAUCCGUCGUUUUUGAUGUGUAAAAACCCUUCCCCCUUCUAGAUCGCAACCGACAUUCCCGUCGCACUCGCCGAAUCGCUUUCUCGUGUGCCACUGCUGGUGUGCGAUGCUCCCAAAACCGCACAACCCAACCCUUCUUACGCGAGGGUAAAGUGAACUCACCCUGGACAUUCCCAUCACUCUUGACUCACAGCCACACUUGUCACCUCAACAUUGUCCGUUGUCUCCCAUGUGCAGUGACCCAGCUGGUCAAAGAGUGAGGUGAGCUCGCCUUCCGUACAUUUCCUACCCACAACUACUCCCUCCUCCGGACCAUUCCAACUUUUCAAAGACAAAGCAUGCCUAUCCGUAUCCAUCUUAUCCGGCUCUCCUGCCCCUCUUCAAAUGUACAUAAACACACUGUUAUCCGUCAAACGCAUACCGUACGGAUUGCCGGAGAGUGCUGCCCCCAUCAACCCUUGUUCCUGCCGCGAUGGGCUUUCUGGACAAAAACAAAAUGGCAUUGUGUGCUGCACGAAUUUCUGGCUUGCAAUGCCACGACGAAACUCUGCGGAGCCCUGCGGGGCAUGGCUCCCCCGAGUUUAUCCUCAAGCUUUUCUUUUUCUUUGUCCCCUAAUGCAUCGUGUAUGGGAUCAUUUCUGUGGCUUGCGGAUUGCCGCUUGUGCCCCUCACCCUGACAAGAAAUGCAGCUUCACCAACAGCGCCCACGCAUGAU